AUACGUGAGAUAUUUGGAAAGUAUGGCGUCAUCAAAGAUGUCAGGAUGCCCAUGAAUCCCACUUUCAACAUUAAUCGCGGCAUCGCAUACGUACUCUACGAGGAGAUCGACGAAGCCGAGCGUGCAAUCGCAAAGAUGCAUGACGCACAGUUGGACGGUUCCAGAAUCCAAGUCUCUAUCGUGCUCCCUCGACGUCGCUUUUCUCAAACCCCUCCCCCAGCCCGGAGAGGCGCACCGCCAGGCGACAGAUUCCAAGACGACUUCGACAGCGGAUAUGGACGCGGUGGACGGGGACCGCGAGGAGGAGGUCCACCCGGAGCAUACAGACCACCGCCUAUGGAUGGCCCUCCACGCUACCGCUCUCCACAGCGCCGUAUGUCACCUGAUCGUGGACAGUGGGGACGGGGGAGAGGUGGCCGAGGGGGAAGAGGGGGAAGAGGAGAAUGGGGAGGACGUCCACGAUCGUAUACACGGUCCCGAAGCCGCUCGCCACGGAGGAGCAUCUCACGCUCUUCUUACAGCCGGUCUCCAUCGAGAACUCCUCCAAACCGAGCCUACGGCAGGAGGGAUAGCCCGCCACGAAGAGGUGGCCCUAGCGGCGGCACUGGCGGAGCCAGAGGACGGAGAAGCCCUAGUUACAGCUCCUACGGCAGCGACCGCAGUCGGAGCAGAGACCGCCGAUGA